UGACCUGAACUUACCAGAAGAUUUUACUAUUCCUUACAUGGUCUAUCUGCAGUCCAGCUCAGAACCCUGUGUGGGAUCUCUCAUUCACCCUGAAUGGGUAUUGACGGCUGCCCACUGCCCCUUACCGGUUAAAAUCCGACUGGGAGUUUAUCAACCCAGCAUCAGAAAUAAGAAAGAGCAGAUACGGAAUUACUCACUGAUUAUCCCCGCCCCUGAGUUCAAGGCACAGUCACUGGAGAAUGACCUGAUGCUGAUAAAACUCUCCAAGGCUGCUGUACUCAACUCCCAUGUGGGGACCAUAGCCAUAUCUAUGGAGCCCUUAACAUUUAAUGAUUCCUGCUUUAUCCCAACCUGGACUUGGAAUGAAUACAAAAACCUUAGUGACCCUGACAUCCUGACUUGGAUAAAUCAACCUUCUCAUCCCUUUGAUGACUGCAGGAAUAUGGCAGGACAGAGAAUGGCAGUGCACAUCAUGUGUGUGGGACAACCUUUAAACAUCAUAUCUAAAGCUAAGGAAGUCUCAGCUGCUCCAGCCAUCUGCAAUGGGAGGCUGCAUGGAAUCUUGUCCUGGGACAAAGGAAGUGUCACCCUGGGAAGUGAAGGGUUCUUCACAGAAGUUCAUCACUAUGCAAGAUGGAUCAUGAAAACUAUUAAUACCCACUGAGGCGCUCCAUUCCUCUGUCCCCCAGGGCAACAUCUUCAUGAUUUCUAUACUGAAUUCACAACUCUCUUGAUCUUUCUUUUCUUGGACAUAAUCCAAAUAGAAAACAUUCAGU